GCAAAAGUUCGAUCCGAGCGGUGCGAAACUAAUUAUAUCUCCUGUGAUACUUUUACAUCCCUCCUGUGCUCAUCAGCGGAUAGUUUUAGACAUCCUGAACAUCCAACCAUGAUAAAGCUUAUUACCGUGGUGGUCAUCCUCGGUUGGGCGUGGACAGGCACUGUUGGUGCUAAUCCAUGCGAAGGAUCAGAGAGACAAUUUGAAAGGCACGAAAAUUGUACCAUGUACUAUAGCUGCGUUAAUGGAGUUGCACAUCCAAUGACAUGUCCCUCACAAUACCCUAUCUUCAAUCUGGAGGGACAAAUGUGCGAUGCUGGUAAUCCAGAUGAAUGUGUUAAUUGUCCGGCGCAGGGCGUUCACAGAUUUCCGGUGCCAAACACGUGCGAUAGGUUCAUAUUGUGCGUCAGUGGAGUUCAAAGCCAGGAUCAAUGUCCUACAGGGUUACAAUUUGAUCACGUAAAAGAGCAGUGUAAUUUGGCGUCUGUUGUUGGCUGCGCAGCAGAUAUAACUUGCUCCCCUACUGAUGAUCCUGCUUCUCCUACCCUUAUACCUCAUCCACAUGAUUGUACAGUGUAUUUUAUCUGUGUGGCAGGUGAACCUAUCAAACAGGUUUGUCCCGAAGGUACUGAAUUCAAUGGAAAUCAUUGUGACAUGCCAGAAAAUGCUGAAUGCCCACCUGCAACGGGAUCCAAGGUGAAUUUUCCUUUCCCACACUACAGUAAAGCGUCCGUAGAGAGCGAAAAGUGUUCGGGAAAUGUUGGCAUAAAAUAUAUCCCUGAUUCAGAGGAUUGUAUGUACUAUUACAUGUGCAUGAAUGACAAAGCGGUUCGUUAUUCCUGUGAGAAAGGCUUGAUUUUCGACGAGGAAUUGUUGAAAUGCGACAAUCCGGAAAGUGCCGUUUGCAUUCGGGACAAAGCUGUUGAAACGAAUCCUUGUUUGGGUAACACCGGAGUAAAUUACACACCACAUCCAAGCGUUUGCAGCAAGUACUACCUCUGCAUGACUGAAAUGAAAUACGAGGUGUCUUGCCCGGACGAUUCACUUUUCGACAGCAUAUCUAGAAAAUGCCAAAGCCGAUCCAAAGCCACCUGUUAUAGUCAGCAGACUAUAUCGAAAGAAAUUGGGAGCCCCUGUAUAGGAAAUCAAGGGGUAAACAAUUUCCCACAUGAAAGUGAUUGUACCCAGUUCUAUAUGUGCAUGGUAGAAACAGAACACAUAGUCGCUUGUCCGGAUGGAAAUCUGUUCGACACAAAGACGAAUAGGUGUCAAACUGCCUCAGAAGCAACCUGUUACUCGCAACCGUCGGAUGAACAAACAACCACAACUUCGAUUCCUACUACUACCGUCUCGAAUCGUUGUGCUGGAAAUCAAGGUGUCAACAACUUUCCACAUGAGGGUGAUUGUACCCAGUUCUAUAUGUGUAUGGUAGAAACAGAACACACAGUUGCCUGUCCGGAGGGAAACUUGUUCGAUAUAAAGACAAACAGGUGUCAAAUAGCAUCCGAGGCGACCUGUUAUUCGCCAUCACCAGAUACCACCACAAUAACUACCAUCACUCCUAGUACAACAACGGUAGCUACUACAACCGACACGCAACAUAUUUCAGAGGCACCAACUCCCAGCCCGGCAACGUCUCCAAUACCCACUGCUCCCACCCCAGGAUCGUCAACGGUUCCACCGCCACCCCCAUCAUCUACCAUGAUCCCAACAGUAUGGACUACUCCUUCAACCAACCCACCAGGACUGUUUUGCGCACCCGAUUCAGUGUAUUACCGGCCACACCCUAUCUGUAGUAAAUUCUACCGAUGUGUCUAUGGCAAGCUUUAUGAGUUAGACUGUCCCCAAAAUCAACACUGGAACCAAGCCCGAGAGUACUGUGAUCAUAUUUGGAACGUGAGUUGUACGUCUCAAUAACAGUUGACUUUUUUUUGUUUGUAUCUUCACAUCUGAUCGAAAUAAUUUUAAUAAAAGCUGACACCAUAGAAAGAAAGAUAAAGGUCUGUGCUUAGUAGUAGUUCAUACUAUCCACCUGAAUGUUAAUAAAUUAUUAUGUGUAUAAGUUAAGAA